CCGGAAGCAGCCUGACGGGAGGAUAGCGGUUUCCUUGGCUACGCGGAAGGGUGGGGGGGAAGGAAGAAAAGAAGAGGGAGAGGCUGCGGCGGGCCGGUUCCUUCUCCUGUCGCGGAGGCGGCGCAUUUGAAGGGAUGGGACAAGAUCGGGCCUAGCGGGGCAGCUACCGCCAUGAGCGGAGCAGCGGCUGGUGGUGAGGGAAGGAGCGGCGACUCCCCAGCAGGCCGCUGGGUGAGCUGGAAACUGCUGACGCUGGGUCUCCUCUCCGCUUCCUCGGUGCUGGCUGCAGCCCCGGCUGCGCAGGCCAUGAGCAGGGACGAAAAGCGCCGUCUCGGGAGUCAAGUGGUGGAAAUGUUUGAUCAUGCCUAUAGCAAUUACAUGGAACAUGCCUACCCAGCUGAUGAGCUCAUGCCAUUAACUUGCCGUGGAAGAGUUCGGGGUCAAGAACCAAGUCGUGGGGAUGUGGAUGAUGCCUUGGGAAAGUUUUCACUGACUUUAAUUGAUACUUUGGACACUCUUGUGGUGUUAAAUAAAACCAAAGAGUUUGAAGAAGCUGUUAGAAAAGUGAUCAGAGAUGUUAAUUUAGACAAUGACAUUGUUGUAUCAGUGUUUGAAACCAACAUAAGAGUUCUUGGAGGUCUUUUAGGUGGGCACUCUGUAGCAAUCAUGCUGAAAGAAAAAGGUGAGGACAUGCAGUGGUAUAAUGGGGAACUUCUGCACAUGGCAAAGCAGCUGGGCUACAAGCUUUUGCCGGCAUUUAAUACUACCAGUGGUCUUCCUUAUCCAAGAGUUAACUUAAAGUUUGGUGUAAGGAGUCCAGAGGCUCGGACAGGAACAGAGACUGACACUUGUACAGCUUGUGCGGGUACUUUGAUCUUAGAAUUUGCUGCUCUGAGCCGCUUCACAGGAGCAUCAAUAUUUGAGGAAUAUGCACGGAAGGCACUUGAUUUUCUCUGGGAGAAGAGGCAACGCAGCAGUAAUUUAGUGGGAGUCACUAUUAAUAUUCAUACGGGUGAUUGGGUUCGCAAAGAUAGUGGAGUUGGAGCAGGAAUAGAUUCAUAUUAUGAAUAUUUAUUAAAAGCCUAUGUCUUGCUUGGAGAUGACAGUUUCUUGGAAAGAUUUAACACACAUUAUGAUGCCAUAAUGAGAUACAUUAGCCAGCCACCUCUCCUGCUUGAUGUGCACAUUCACAAACCAAUGCUUAAUGCUCGGACCUGGAUGGACUCAUUGCUAGCCUUUUUUCCAGGUUUGCAGGUAUUGAAAGGUGAUAUUAGACCAGCUAUAGAAACUCAUGAGAUGCUGUAUCAGGUGAUCAAAAAGCAUAACUUUCUUCCUGAGGCUUUCACUACAGACUUCCGGGUUCAUUGGGCUCAGCAUCCUUUACGGCCAGAAUUUGCAGAGAGCACCUAUUUCUUAUAUAAAGCUACUGGAGAUCCCUACUACUUAGAAGUAGGAAAAACAUUAAUUGAGAACUUAAAUAAAUAUGCACGAGUACCUUGUGGAUUUGCUGCAAUGAAGGAUGUCCGUACUGGAAGCCAUGAAGACAGGAUGGAUUCUUUCUUCCUGGCUGAGAUGUUUAAAUAUCUAUAUUUGCUAUUUGCCGAUAAGGAAGACCUAACGUUUGAUAUAGAAGACUAUAUCUUUACCACCGAGGCUCACUUACUACCUCUCUGGUUGUCUACUACAAACCAAACAGCCCCUAAGAAGAACUUUACUACUGAAUACACAGAACUGGAUGAUAGUAACUUUGAUUGGACAUGUCCCAACACCCAGAUCCUCUUCCCAAAUGAUCCCAUGUAUGCUCAGAGUAUCAGGGAACCUCUGAAAAAUGUGGUAGACAAGAGCUGUCCUAGGGGUGUUUCCAGAGCGGAAGAAAGUUUGGGCAGUGGACCAAAGCCACCACUCAGAGCCAGGGAUUUCAUGGCCAGCAAUCCUGAGCAUCUAGAAAUACUGAAGAAGAUGGGAGUCAGCUUGAUUCAUCUCAAAGAUGGAAGAGUCCAGUUGGUGCAGCAUGCUAUCCAGGCGGCAAGUUCAAUAGACGCUGAAGAUGGUUUACGGUUCAUGCAAGAAAUGAUUGAGCUGUCCAGUCAACAACAGAAAGAGCAACAGUUACCUCCUCGUGCAGUUCAAAUUGUUUCUCACCCGUUCUUUGGCAGAGUAGUAUUGACAGCUGGGCCUGCACAAUUUGGAAUGGACUUAUCCAAACACAAAUCAGGGACAAGAGGAUUUGUUGUAGUCAGUAAACCAUAUAAUGGAUGCUCUGAAAUCACCAAUCCCGAAGCACUGAAGGAGAAAAUUGCUUUGAUGCAAAGAGGGCAGUGUAUGUUUGCUGAAAAGGCACGGAACAUCCAGAAAGCUGGAGCCAUAGGCGGCAUUGUUAUUGAUGACAAUGAAGGAAGCAGCAGUGACACAGCCCCUCUCUUCCAAAUGGCGGGUGAUGGCAAGAAUACAGAUGACAUCACCAUUCCCAUGCUGUUUCUGUUCAACAAGGAAGGCACUAUUAUUCUUGAUGCCAUCCAAGAAUAUGAAGCUGUAGAAGUGCUGCUCUCUGACAAAGCAAAAGAUAGAGCAACUAUAUUUAAAGAUAAAAUGAUUCCGAACUACAUUGAUAGCAAUUUGGAAAUGGAAAGUAUGGAUCAGAAAUCAUCCGAUAAUGAUUCCCAUAACCAGAGCGCCGAAGAGAUCACAACUGAUCUGAACUUAGUCAAUCAGGACCCUGAAGGAGAAGGUGGCUUGAAUACACCUGCAGAGUCAGAUGACAAGAGCGUUUCUCUUACAAAUGAGGAGUCUUGUAUCCCCAGACUCCAGGAGACUAGUAGUAACAGUCAAGUAUCAGAAUCUGAUAAUCAACUUGAGGAACAAUCCAAGAUUGAGACAGAUUCCAAUCCCAGUAAUAGCUGGGAUAAUAAAGGCCAGUCUAUGGAAUCAAUAUUAGCAGAUUGGAACGAAGACAUAGAAGCAUUUGAAAUGAUGGAAAAGGACGAACUAUAACUUUGAACAUGCUUGUGGGACUACAAAAUGGUGAACUUUGGGGGGGAUAGUUAAGGCCCUAAUAUCUGAAAAUUUAAAGAAAUGUUCAGUAUUGUGAUGAGCAGCCAGGUUUUAUUGGCAAAAGCCAGCAUGUGUUAUCAUUUGUAUUGGGUUUUUUGUUUUGUUUUCCUGUUUUAAAAAAUGGGAAUGUGCAAUUGACCCAUUUGCAGGGUUCCUUUGCAUGGUGCUGUAACACAGGAGGUUCAUUCAGGGAAUGAUUCAGAUUCCUCCUGCGUUCCAGGUUGCUGUGGGUUCGCUUGCCUUAGCCUUGGAAGGCAAUGAAUGCAGUGGGAUUCAUGCGCCACGGCUCCAGGUGGCUAGUUGGGGCAUGACGGCCUGGGGAGGCCUUGGGCUGGCUGCUGCAACGAUGCAGUUUCAAGGGUCGAUACUGUCAAAAGCCUUCAUGGAUACAUGGUAGAAGGUACUUCAGGCGGUUGUGCCUUUAUGAUGAGGGCAGAACAACAGGCAGCUGUGACUUGUCAUGUGCCACUUAAUAUGGCAAGUGUGCGGUACCUGCUUAUCACUUCCAUUUAUAUUACUUUGAGGAAUGACCAAGACAGCUUGGAUUUUCUUAGGUUGCUAGUUAAAAUCAAGAUAGUCUAUAAACCAAAGGAAAUGUGUUCUAUUUGCAAAAAAAAACAAAAAACACCCCACAAGUAAUUUUGAAACUUGAAUCUAGGUCACAGGGCAAGAUUGCUUCUCUAAACUCCCAUCACUUUGACUUUGAACCUUCCACACUAAACAAUUAGCUAAAAGUAAACCAAAUCUAGCAUUCUUGAUUAUUUUGAAUAAAGUACUAAAUUGGUUAGUACUGGGACAGAAUCAAUUUUCAUUUUAAUCUUGUUUUUGUAGCUUUUGUUACUUGUCAGCCUUACGCCAGUAUCACCCCAUUCCUUUACACAACUUAGUAUUGUUUUUUCCUUUGGGCAAAAUGGCCAGUAUAUUUUAACAAAUCAUAGCAAUCUUUCUUAGACAUAUGAAUGCAAGGGGAGACUGGUAUCAUACAUAGAUUCUUUUAAAAUUGUAGUAGGAGUCCAAGUGUGUGAGAGCAAUCAUGUUUCACAAAUGUCUUAAUUUAAAAUGAGGAUCCUUUAAAAAAAAAAAAAAACCCACACAACCAAAUGUAGCAAGAAAGGAAAUAAAGCAAAUAAAAUUGAUGCAAUUCUCUCUAAAGAAAGACUGCCAGACACUGUUUAUAUCCAGACUUGCUUUCAUUUUGAUAGUUUUCAUUUCUGCUGAUUUGUUGCUUUAGAAAAGAGUUGACACUGCCUGUAUACUUUGCUCAAUUCAGCCAUUUCAUGUAUAACUGGCUUUUAAUGUAAAACUCUCAACAUGCCAUCAGGUAGGUACAGAGAGAGAAGGCGUGGGUGUAUGGAAGGCUUAGAUGUUACAAGGACACCAGGGACAUUGCAUUCCACUGCCGGAUAUUUGUUAGUAAUGGCCCCAUCAUCUACUUCUGAAGUAGAGAGCAGGUUUGGACUGGCACUCAGAGCCUCCCCCACGUGUAUCACUUUGUUUUCUCAUACACAAAUCAAUGCUUGCCAUUCAUCUCUGUAUGGGAGAAAGUAAAGUGAUUCAUUAGGGAGGUGGGGCACCCUCCUGGUAUGUGCUAAACCUGUUCUCUACUCUCUAGGUCAGUCUAUCCAGUGGUUGAAGUGUGGGACAAGUUUUUUUUUUAAUUGUUAAAUUUGUAUACCGCCUUUCAUUAAAAACAAUCCCAAGGGUUUAGUUUCCCCUCAUGUGUUCCAGAUUGUAUUUUGCAGUCACACUGUUGUAUAACAAAAUGGCUGGCAAUCUUAAGCUAAAUAUGCAAAUAUUUAUCAGUUUUGUGUAUGUGUUUGCAACCUGAACUGCAGAAAGUUCUUAUUACAAAAAUGUACAAUGUGUGAAACAUACCUUCAAAGGUAAAAAUGCCUUUCUGAUAACAUGGAGGCCAGCUGAAAGGACCAUUCUGCAGAAACUAAGUGAAAUGAUAUUGGUGGAUAUUAAGGGACUAAUCAUAAGUGUCCUUUAACGUCUUUCAAAUGUCUCCAUUUAUUUGCACAUACAUAAGUGUUAGAUCUGGGGGCUUCAUCUCUUUGGUGAAAUGCCCAGAAUUAAAUUAUGUUUAGACUUAAAGCUUGAUUUUUAUAAGGUGGGAUAUUCCUUCGGGAAUUUGAGUGGAGGCCUCUCAAGUGUCCUUUGGUAGCCGAGGCCCAGAUCUAGAGGUGAGUGAGUGAGUAUGUAUGUGUGUUUUCGCCAUGCCCACAAAGAGCUUCAACGGUUGAGGCUGAGCCUGUGAAAUGCACUAAAUUUAAGUUAGAGCUAUAAAAAGCAAUUGCAUAUUUUACAUGUUGGAAUACUAGUACCACUAGUAUAAGCAUUUUAAAAAUAUAUAUAUAUUAACUCUGAUCUAGACUAACUUAUCCCAUCAAAGCACUAUUUUCUCUAGCCCUUCCAUUGGAAUUGCUCAUUUGAUGUUUCUAGUAAAGUGAUUCUCUAAUCAUUAUGUCAUCAAAGCAUUUUGAACAGAAUCCUGCAGCCACUAAGUUCUUGUUUUCUUCCUACAGAUAACUUAUUAAGAGUUUGCACUACCUGCUACUACUUGCUCCUAAUCCAUAACUUAAACUCCAUAUUAUCUGUCUCUGACACUAAACAUCUGCAAAUGGGUUGAGUUUUCCUCAUUGAUUCAGGGAUUAAUAAAAGACAUCCUUGCCAUAGAAAGGAGCAUCUAAAAGGUGGUAGUCUACCUCAGAUAUAGGUUGCCCUUUUUGAAAAAUCUUAGUUGACGUUCAUCACAGUCACAAGCAUGUUUGAUAACAAGAGGUCUACACAUUAGCAGCUGGUUUGGGGAGAGAGGUUACCCAAUUGAGUUAAUAGCUUCAUAUCACACCACAAAGCGCUUUUUGGACAAGCAUUCCUGUACCUGCUAGUAGAGGUGCACCAGUCUUAGGCUCACUUGACACCUCACCACUGAGGAGGAGGAGAAAGUAACAUACAAACUGGCACACUAGCAGGUUCAUCUCUCCCUAAGGUCUCAGUGAACCUACAAUCUCCACCUCUCUUUCAAGAUGGUUAUAAGGGCAGGUGCACAGAGACCUCACAUUAGAGAGAUUACCCUUCAGUCAGGACAAUAGAGGAAACAUUCUGUGAAUGCAUACCAUACAUUCAGAUUUUAUAAGACUUUUUACCAGCCCAAUUUACAGCCGUAUAUUUUCUUAUGAUGUAAUUUAUGAACAGUCUCAAGGGGUGCUGUGACACUACUGUUGUUGGAUUUUACUGUCUGGUGAUUGUAAGUGUGUACAAUAUUUCUAAGGGCAACAUUGUACUGUGAUGUAAACGUCUGAGCUAAGUGUACAUAGUUCUUGUAUAUAAAAUUGUGUACUUGAUUAUAAGUGCUGAUUGUAAAGAUUUAUUAAAACAUGUAAAUAGUCUGGUCAAA